AUGACUGAACAACCAAUCAACACUAAGAAGAAGAAUGGGGAUAUUUCUAAAGCCCCUACGCCACAAAACACUCCUGCUAGUGUCACCAACUCUUAUAUGAGAUCCAAACCACCAACGGUAUCCACCAUUCAAGAAUCAAAUAAUGAAGAUGGUACUGGUACUGGUACUGGUGUUGGUGUUGGUGCUGUUACUGGAGGUAUAGCCAAUAAUCCAGUAUUAUUGAGUAUGAUUCAAGGUAAAUUAGGAGAUUUAGUUGGUAAACAAUCUGGUUAUAUUGAUAAUUUAUCUAAACCAGUAAAAAAUCGUGUUUAUGGAUUAAAAUCAUUACAAUUAAAUCAAAUGAAAUUAGAAGCACAAUUUCAAAAAGAAUUAUUGGAAUUGGAAAAGAAAUUUUUCGCUAAAUAUCAACCAUUAUAUGUUAAAAGAAAACAAAUUAUUAAUGGUGAAUUGGAACCAACUGUUGAAGAAAUUGAAGAAGGUCAACAAUUAGAAGAAGAAGAAAAAGGAAUAGAUAAAGAAGAAGGAGAAGGAGAGGGAGAGGAAGAAGAAGAAGAAGACCAAGGUGGUGAUGAUGAUGAUGAUGAUGAAAAAGGUAUUCCGGGAUUUUGGUUGACUGCUUUAGAAAACUUAUCUACAGUAUCUGAAACAAUUACUGAUAGAGAUUCUGAAGUAUUAGCCAAUUUAAUUGAUAUUAGAAUGGAAUAUUUAUCAACUCCUGGAUUCCAAUUAAUUUUUGAAUUUAAAUCCAAUGAAUUUUUUGAAAAUCAAAUUUUGACUAAAACUUAUCAUUAUCAAGCUGAAUUAGGAUAUAGUGGAGAUUUUGUUUAUGAUCAUGCUGAUGGUUGUGAAAUUCGUUGGAAACUGAAAGAAAAUAAUGUUACUAUAACCAUUGAAAGAAGAAAACAAAGAAAUAAAACCACUAAACAAACUAGAACCAUUGAAAAAUUGACCCCAACUGAAUCAUUUUUCAAUUUCUUUGAUCCACCAAAACCUCCAAAGAUUAAAUCUGAAGGGGAUGAUGAUGAUGAUAAUAAUAAUGAAGAUGGAUUACAAGAUAAACAAAGAGAAAAUAAUGGAGAUGAUGAAGGGGAUGAAGGUGAUGAAGAGGAAGAUGAAGAAUUGGAAGCUAGAUUGGAAUUGGAUUAUCAAUUGGGUGAAGAAAUUAAAGAUAGAUUGAUUCCUCGUGCUAUUGAUUGGUUUACUGGUGAUGCAGUUGAUUUUGAUUAUCAAGAUUUUGAAGGUGAAGGUGAUGAAGAUGAAUUUAGUGAUGAAGAUGGUGAAGGUGAUAGUGAUGAUGAUGACGACGAUGAUGAUGAAGAUGAUGACGAUAAUGAUGCUGCUACUGGUAAUCAAAAGCAACCACCACCAGAAUGUAAACAACAAUAA